AUGUCUCUGAUGAUGGGCUCGAGUGAGAACCCGAAACGUCAGGCCAAUAAACUUCUUGUCCCAGUGAUCGCAUCUUCAUCUUCUGAACUGCUACCUGGGACUCGCCUGUUCGCUUCUAUCAGCGGUCUGCUGCUCCUCCGCACCUGCGCAAAACACCGCCUCAUCCUGACGAACACCUUCUUCUGUCUGCCGGAGCGAGAGAAGGUCACCUGGAGGCAUCCUCGGUCGCGUCAGUGGCACCUGCUGGACUAUGUCCUCGUCCGGAGGCGAGAUCAGCGGGACUUGCUGGUGACGAAGGUGAUCGCGGGUGCUGACGGGUGGACCGACCAUCGCCUCGUAAUCUCGGGGAUGCGUAUUCGCCUACAGCCUCGCAGGAGACCGCAAAGUAAGCGACCUCCAGGUAAGCUGAAUAUUGCCUUGUUGUCUUUGCCUGCUCACCAUCUUCAUUUCAGCAAUGAGCUUGCUCAACGGCUAGACAACCUCCCCAUCUCCGACGCCGCCGCUGCUGAGAACGCCUCCGUGGAGAACCGCUGGUGUCAACUUCGAGACACGGUCCAGUCGACGGCGCUCGCCGUCCUCGGUCGCGCUCCCCGCCAACACCAGGACUGGUUCGACGACAACGACGCCGCCAUCAGAAAUCUGCUUGCUGAGAAGAACCGCCUACACAAAGCCAACGUAGAUCACCCCACUGAGGACAACAAAACUGCCUUCUACCGCAGUCGUCGUCAGCUUCAGCAACGACUGCGCGAGAUGCAGGACGCCUGGACUGCUCGCAAAGCUGAGGAGAUCCAAGGGUACGCGGACCGCAACGAAUGGAAGAACUUCUUCUCCGCGAUCAAAGCUGUCUACGGUCAACCGACGACGGGCACUGCUCCUCUCCUCAGCGCCGACGGCAGCACUCUCCUGACUGAGAAGACGCAAAUCCUACAGCGAUGGGCCGAGCAUUUCCAGGGCGUCCUCAACCGCCCUUCCGUCAUCUCCGACGCCGCCAUCGCCCGCUUGCCGCAAGUGGAGACCAACGUGGACCUCGACCUCCCGCCAUCUCUCCAGGAGACCAUCAGGGCCGUGCAGAAGCUCUCCAGCGGGAAAGCACCCGGAUCGGACGCAAUCCCUGCUGAGGUCUACAAGCACGGAGGUCCCCUACUGAUGGAUCACCUGACUGCACUCUUCCAGGAGAUGUGGCGUCAAGAUGAAUUCCCGCAAGAUUUCAAGGACGCAACUAUCGUGCACCUAUACAAGCGAAAAGGGAAUCGCCAAGUCUCCGAAAACCACCGCGGCAUCUCCCUACUGAACAUCGCCGGGAAGAUCUUCGCUCGCAUCCUGCUCAACCGUCUCAAUAACCAUCUGGAACAGAACCUUCUCCCGGAAAGCCAAUGCGGCUUCCGUCGUCAUCGUGGGACCACGGAUAUGAUCUUCGCCGCCCGCCAACUUCAUGAGAAGUGUCAGGAGAUGCGGGCCCACCUGUACUCUACCUUCGUGGACCUGAAAGAAGCCUUCGACACGGUGAAUCGUGAAGGACUGUGGAAGAUCAUGCAGAAAUUCGGCUGUCCGGAACGAUUCACUCAGAUGGUACGUCAGCUACACGACGGUAUGAUGGCGCGAGUCACGGACAACGGAGCUGUCUCAGAGGCAUUCGCAGUGACCAACGGAGUGAAGAAGGGCUGUGUGCUGGCGCCUACCCUCUUCAGUCUCAUGUUCUCUGCCAUGCUGAUGGACGCCUACCGCGACGAACGCCCCGGGAUCCGCAUCGCCUACUGA